AUGUCUGGCAUCACUGGGAAUAUGGAUUGCGAGGAUUGUAUAUCUUCUGCAUAUGUGGCCAACAGCACGGAGUUUCAUCUGCACUCCACUGUGGAUGAGGACGAUGAACUUCUGAGAUACAUCUGGAGAGAGUACUUACACCCCAAGCAGUAUGAAUGGGUGCUGAUUGUGGCUUACAUUAUUGUGUUCUUCGUUUCACUCAUUGGAAACUCGCUUGUUUGUUUUGCAGUGUGGAAAAACCGUCACAUGCGUACCGUGACCAACUAUUUCAUAGUGAAUCUCUCCUUUGCUGAUGUCUUGGUCACCAUCAUCUGCCUGCCCGCGAGUCUCGUGGUCGACAUCACAGAGACGUGGUUCUUUGGAAACACUCUUUGCAAAGUCGUGCCUUAUCUGCAGACCAUCUCAGUUUCUGUAUCAGUCCUAACAUUGAGUUGCAUUGCCCAAGACCGUUGGUAUGCUAUCUGCCACCCGUUGAUGUUCAAGAGCACUGCCAAGAGGGCUCGCAAGAGUAUUGUUGUCAUCUGGGUUGUAUCGUGCAUCAUCAUGAUCCCUCAGGCUAUUGUGAUGGAGUGCAGCAGCCUGCUGCCUGAACUGACAAACAAGACCAGUCUGUUCACAGUCUGUGAUGAACACUGGGGAGCCGAGAUCUACCCAAAGGUCUAUCAUACCUGUUUCUUCAUUGUCACCUACUUUGCACCAUUAUGUCUCAUGGUCCUGGCGUAUAUCCAGAUAUGUCACAAGCUGUGGUGUCAACAGAUUCCUGGAAGCACAUCAGUGUUGCAGAGGAAGUGGAGGCCCAUACAGUGCUCAGCUCCGAGUCUGGGCCGAGGAGAGUCCGUCAGGGUCAGGACCAGCACGGUGUGUGCUGAGAUCAAACAAGUCCGAGCCCGACGCAAGACAGCUCGCAUGCUGAUCGUGGUGCUCUUUGUUUUCGCCCUGUGCUACCUGCCAAUCAGCGUGCUCAAUGUCAUGAAAAGAGUCUUUGGGACUUUCAAAAACACAAAUGACAGAGAAACAGUGUAUGCGUGGUUCACUUUCUCACACUGGCUCAUAUAUGCCAACAGUGCAGCAAAUCCCAUCAUCUACAAUUUCCUCAGUGGGAAGUUCCGCGGGGAGUUCAAAGCAGCCUUUUCUUGCCAUUGUCACGGCCAAGGCCAAAAUCGAACACAGGGGAUAAGGACCAGAACGAGCACAGACAGCCGAAAAUCUCUGUCAACUCAAGUAAACAACAUGGACAAUGUGUCACGCAUAUCAGAUCAGAUAGUGUAG